UCGGGUUCUGCAAUGUGCCAAGUGGAGUUUGAGCUGGCCUGCGCUGCUGUGAAGCAGCUGAAGGCGCCUGUGAGUGACGAGGAGAAACUGUUGGUGUAUAGCUUCUACAAACAGGCCACCGAGGGCGACUGCAACAUCACUGCCCCGCCUGACACAGACGUGAAAGCCAAGGCCAAGUGGGAGGCAUGGAACGACAAAAAAGGGAUGUCCAAGAUGGACGCCAUGAGGAUCUAUGUUGCCAAAGUAGAAGAGCUGAAGAAGAAAGAGACGGGUUAGGGAGCACACAGUGUGGAGCAGAAUGAAGUGGCUUGGCUCCUGUGCUAGCGACAUGGGCUUUUUAAAAGACCUCGAGGGCCGAAAUGUCCUGAGGUUGCAGCAACCAUAGCUAAGGCUUCAAUAAAUUAAAUGGCAUGAAAGUGUACGUCUGCUGUUGGAAAG